GGAAAAAAACAAGGAAGUUCUCUGAAACAUCAGAUUCUCUGACAUUAUGGAUGGAAGUCACGCGUUGUACUGUACGGUGCUGGACAAAAAUGACAAAUCUAAAUUAUUGUGCUAUACCUGCAAAAAGUCUGGUGUAUUAAAUAUUGGUUUAACAAAUGCAUCAGAAGUUUGGAGCACUGAUUUUACAGAAGAGACACUGACCACACUUAGACAGAAAUGUGUCUUAAAAUCUACUGAGGAUUACAUUUUAAAAAUCAGAUCUGCGUGUGCGACAGGAAGUGUGUGUGUGUCUGUGCAGGACACCUGUGCAGUCCUCCAUGUGGGCUCCAGUCCUGGAGACCUGAGUGUAGAUCUGACCAGACUGGGAGAGCCAGAUGCCAAAGAAGAACUGAGGAAGCUUCUGUUUAGAAUGGGUGACAGUCUGACCCAGUUAAACAGCAGUGGUUCACCCUCAGUCAGUCCUUUGAAGAGUACCCACAAACGCAACACAGAGUUUGAACCACGGAGGCACCAACAGAGUGGUCCGUCUGUGACUAAGAAGAAGCGCCUUCCGGGAGAAUCUCUCAUCAAUCCAGGAUCGCGGAGAAAGCGUCCUGCCACAGGGGUCGCGUUUGAUGAUGAUGAUGACCAGUGAUGCUGACCGCUUUUUAAAGACCAACAGAUCCGUUUGUUGCAAUACCUAUCCAUACAACUAUGCUUCUACAUGCAAUACGAAUGUUGUUUUAACUUAGUUCAAACAGUCUAUUUAUAUAAUCCAUCUCACUGUGUCCACCUCAUGAAAUAAGCUGCUUUGAGGGACUCAUGAUCAGUCUCUUGAUCACUACAAAUACAUACAACUGCAACAAAAUACAUUUUUAACUGUCAAUUUUAAUAUUUAACUAUUAUGAAUGUGGAUUUUAAAAUGGAAAUAUGAAAGAAACCAAUAAAGAGCAUGAUAUGUCAAGUGCAGUCUG